AUGAGCUUCAUGGGUUUUAUGGGUUCUUCAACGGAGCUCCAAUUUUCAGCACAAAUUUCCGCUUCAUCUUCUUCGCCGUGUAAGCUUCAUACCCUUUGCUCCCCUACAAAUUCUAAGCUGUUUUGGGGGUUCAAUUCUCACAAAAAUCAUCUCAAUCUCAACGAUUUCCCCAAAAUCCCAAACGCUCAGAAGAAAAUCCACACUACAUGGGGUUUUUCAGGGUUUAAGCUCCAGUGUCGUGUCAAUAGCGCGAAUAACGGGGAGAAGAAGAAGAAGAAGAAAUACGGAGGCGUUUUGCCGUCGGUUUUGCAGGCGUUGGAGGGCGGGAGAGACGUCGAGAGAAUCCUUGAUUCCUAUUGCGGGAAGCUCAGUCCCAAGGAGCAGACAAUGAUUCUCAAAGAGCAGAGUAGGUGGGAUAAGGUAGUUAGGGUUUUUGAAUGGUUUAAGUCUCAGCAAGAUUCUCCCAAUGUCAUACAUUACAAUGUGGUGCUUCGUGCAUUGGGUAGGGCUCAGAAAUGGGAUGAGCUGCGCCUCUGUUGGAUAGAGAUGGUGGAGAAGGGCGUGGUGGCCACGAAAAACACAUAUGGGAUGCUUUUGGAUGUGUACGGGAAGGCGAGGUUGGUGAAGGAGGCCCUUUUGUGGAUCAAGCACAUGAAGUUGAUGGGGCUUUUCCCGGAUGAGGUGACGAUGUCCACUGUCGUGAAGGUGUUGAAGGACGCGGGGGAGUUUGAUAGGGCGGAUAGAUUCUAUAAGGAUUGGUGUGUUGGGAGAGUUGAGUUGGAUGAUCAUGAUAUUGAUGGUGAUGAGGAAGUUAUGAUGAGUUUGAAACAAUUCUUGCUGACUGAGCUUUUCCGGAGUGGGGGGAGAUCACGGUCUUGUUCUGAUUUUGGUGAUGUGAGGAAGCCACGCCUCACGACUACUUAUGACACGCUCAUAGAUUUGUAUGGGAAGGCAGGGCGUUUGGAGGAGGCUGUGGGUGUCUUCUCUGAUAUGUUGAAGGCUGGUGUGGCAUUGGAUUUUUUCACAUUUAACACGAUGAUCUUCAUCUGUGGGAGUGAGGGGCAUUUGUCUGAGGCUGAGGCUUUGCUUGAUGCAAUGAAGGAAGGAUGUAUUAAGCCGGACACAAAGACGUAUAACAUUUUUCUUAAGAUGUAUGCUGAUUUAGGGGAUAUAGAUGCAGCCCUAGAGUGCUUUAGGAAGAUUAGGGAGGUUGGUCUUUUCCCCGAUGAUGAAACGCAUAGAGCUGUGAUCAAGAUAUUGACUGAACGAAAUAUGGUUGAAGAAGUCGAAUCUGUGAUUCGAGAAAUGGAGAGAUUCGAGAAUUGCAUUGAUGGGAGCUCUCUACCAUUGCUUGCUAAGAUGUAUGUUGGUUAGGGAUGGCAUGAGAGGGUCAAGUGGUUGAUUGCGAGGUCUCAGUCAAGUGGUGGCCUUUCGUCGAGGAUAUAUGCAGCUAUCAUUAAUGUUUAUGCUGAGAAUGGACUUUGGGUUGAAGCUGAGGCUUUGUUUUGUGGCGAAAGAGAUGGAUUUGGGAAGAAGAGGGAUGUUUUGAAGUAUAAUGUGAUGAUUAAAGCUUAUGGUAAGGCUCAAAUGUAUCACAAAGCGAUUUCACUUUUCAAGAGCAUGAGGAAACAAGGGCCGUGGCCGGAUGAGUGCACGUACAACUAUCUCCAAAUGCUUGCUGCAGGUGGUUUAGAGGAUAAAGCUAGGGAAUUGUUGAAUGAAAUGAUGGAUGGAAGGCUCAAGCCUUCGUGCUCAACGUUCUCUGCUGUGAUUGCUAGUUUUGCAGAGAAGAAGAGCUUCUCUAAUGUAGUUGAUUUGUUGCAACAGAUGUUGCUGUUGGAUGCGAAACCUAACAAAAUUGUGUAUGGCUCGUUGAUUGAUACGUUUGCAGAGGAUGGCAAGUUUGAGGAAGCAAAUGAGUGUUUCAAGGCCAUGGAGGCUUCUGGGAUUUCACCUAACCAAGUGAUCUUGACUUCCAUGAUGAAGGCUUAUGGUAGAAUCAGGUCCGUAGAGGGGGCGAAGGGGAUGUACGAGAGGUUGAAGGCGUUCAAGGGGGAGCCUGAUAUUGUAGCAUCUAACAGCAUGCUCAAUGUGUACGCUGAAUUGGGAGGAAUGCUCUCUGAGGCAGAGGCGAUGUAUGAUCAUCUGAGAGAGAGAGAUUUGGCUGAUGGGGUUACCUUUGCGACCAUGAUUCUCGUCUACAAGAACAUGUGGAUGCUCGACUCAGCCAUUGAGGUCGCGGAGGAGAUGAAGCAGUCGGGCUUAUUGAGAGACUGUGUUGGCUACAACAAAGUCAUGGCCUUCUAUGCUGCACACGGCCAGCAGGUCGAGUGUGGCAAGCUGCUGCACGAGAUGGUGGUGGUUGGGAACAUUGCCCCGAACGAGAAGACAUUCAAGGUCCUGUUCACGGUCUUGAAGAUGGGAGGCGUCCCAGCUAAGACAGUGCGCGAUAUCAAAGGCUCCUACCACAAGAAGAGGCCGUUUGCCAAGCAGGCAGUGGUGACCACUAUUUUCUCCAUUGUAGGGUUGCAUGUCUACGCACUCGAAUGGUGUGGGAUCUUUAGGGAAGAGGAAGUAAGGUUGAGGGAGAUCGAGUCUUACAACGCUGCGAAGGUAGACAACACGUUGAAGAUGUUGAUGAGGAUGCGGGAUGAAGGGGUCGAUCCCUACAUUGUGACCUUGAUCUAUCUUGUGCUUUGUUACGGGAAGGCUGGGAUGAUCGAGGGGGCGAAGCGUGUACACAACCAGUUGAAACUAGGGCUGGGAAAAUAUAACGAAAACUCGUUGAAACACGGGGAGAUCGCGCCUAGUGAGGCGUUGGUGAAGGCAGUGGUCAAGGCUUACAAGAACGCGGAACGACCCGAUCUCGCGGAGUUGAUCACACGAGAGAUGAAGCUUGCUGCUAAGGCUGAGGUAGCAGAUUGCGGAAGUGAAGAUGAUGAAACAGGUAUUCCUCUAGCUCAACAGUUUACAGAUUGUGAAAGUGGUGUUGAUCUUGAAUCUUGA